AUGGUUGAAGUUGUUAAUGGUCCUUGUGAAAGUAGCCCAAGGCGGUUCGCCCAUCUCACUAACAAUCCAGCCGCAAGACGAGCUGAGAUGAAAACAGGACUGUUGCAAAUUAUUUAUGCUCAUCCUUUUGCAGGUUUGGAUCAUGAAGAUCCAUACACUCACCUCACCCGAUUCUACGAAAUAGCUGGUACAUUAGGUGCACCAGAAGCUGAAGAGGAAGCCGUUUUCAUGAGAUUAUUGUCGCACUCUUUGAUCGGCAAAGCAAAGGAUUGGUACCUCGAUCAAUCAACGGAAACCAUGACCAAUUGGAAUGUGUUAGAGAGAAACUUCCUUAGCAGGUUCUUUUCUCACAACCAAUUCAUGGAUGCAAAGACAGCUAUUGCCACAUUCACCAAAUUUUCAAAUGAAACUUUAUGUGAAGCCUGGGAACGCUAUAAAUCCAUGCUACGGAAGUGUCCAAACCACGGUUUCGAUGACAUGUCACAAAUCCACAUUUUCCGUAAUGGAUUAUUACCUCAACCGAAGCUUUUACUUGAUGCGACAGCUGGAGGUUCCUUGAUAGCAAAAAGUGCAGAGGAAGCAAUUGCAAUCAUCGAUAGAAUGGCUCUCACAGAUCACCAGGUGCAACACAAUCGAGGUACCGUACAAAAGAAAGCUGGAAUUUUAGAAUUAGGCACAAAUGACGCAAUCCUAGCCCAAAAUAAACUACUCACUCAAACUGUAGAGGAAUUGAUAAAACAACUGUCCAAGCUUCCUCAACAACUUAAAGAAAUGCACGGUUCGUCGAGCACAUCGCAACAAGUAGCCUUAUGUGAACUUUGUACAGGUGACCAUCCAACCGGUUUCUGUCCCCCGAUCAACGAAGAGAAAAACACUGAUGCGUCAAUUAGAAAUCUUAAAACGCAAGUUGGGCAAAUUGCGAAGCAACUAAGUGAGCAACAAAGAGGUACGUUUUCUGCCACCACUGAAGUUAAUCCCAAGGAAACUUGUAACGCAAUCACGACAAAAGGUAGUGAAAUUGUUCAAGACAAAGUUAGGGAGAAUUCAAAAGGUAUAGUUGUGGAGAAAAAUCAAGAAAAAGGAAAACAAAUGGAGGAGGAGGAAAACAAUGUUGAUCCUGGAAGCGUAACAGUUCCAGUCACUGUAGCGGGGAAAAUCUGA